AGCGCCUAGGGAAAGAUUCCCCGGUGAUUUAUUACAAAGCCCAAGGCACUGAGGAUAAUGGAAACAAAUUAUCAGAAAGUGACUUUAUGAUAGUCCUUAUGACUGAGUAUCAGCAGAAAAUGGCAAAAAAAUUCUGUGCGGAAAAAGUUUUGAUAGACAGCACACAUGGCACUAAUAAGUAUAAAUUUUAUCUGACCACACUGUUGACCGUGGAUGAAUUUGGUGCUGGAUGUCCAGUUUCUUAUUGCCUCAGUACACAUACUGACACAAGGUCCAUGCAAGUUUUCUUUGAGCUGAUUAAAAAAUGUAUUGGAAACAUCAAAACAAAGGUAUUCAUGUCUGAUGACUGUGACUGCUACUACAGUGCCUGGAGUGUAGUUAUGGGCCAUAGUGAACAUAGGUUGUUAUGUACCUGGCACGUUGAUCGGGCAUGGAGACGGAAUAUAUGUGCAAAAGUAAAUGGGAAUGCAAUGCUGAAGAGUACUGUAUACAAAGCUCUGAAAACUUUGCACUUACAGACAGAUAGAGAUAAAUUCUCAGAGCUGCUGGAUGGCUUUCUUACUUGGUGUGCAGAGGAGGAAGGAACUGAGGAGUUUGGCAAGUACUUCAAAGAUAGAUAUUCAUGGAGGGCACAUAUGUGGGCAUACAGCUACAGAAUUGGACUUGGCGUUAAUACAAAUAUGUUCUUAGAAGCAAACCAUAAAACUCUUAAAUACUCAUACUUACUGAUGAAAAUAAAUAACAGAGUAGAUAAAUGUAUCCAGGCCCUGUUGCACAGAACAAGGGACUCACUUUUUCAAAGAUUAAUAAGGCUUUGUAAGGGGACAGAGAGAACUACACGCAGUGCUGAAAUAAGUAAGAGUCACAGAAGAGGUUGUGGUAUCAAUAAGGAACUGAUACACUGCGUUGAAGAUGGCACAUGGCAUGUAUACACCGUUUCUGAUCGGCCCCCAUAUACUGUCACCUAUACAGAGAACUCUUGCACUGCAUGCCCAUUGUCCUGUACUGAGUGCAAGAUCUGUGUGCACAGUUGUGUGUGUUUUUGCACAGACAAUUUGAUCAAGGGUAACCUCUGUGAACACAUUCAUGCAGUGGAAAUCAGCAAAGGAACUGUAAAGCUCCCUAUGCAAGACAGGUUCUGCAGAGAGUCAUCUGUGCAGGAGUUAACACAAAUAGUUGCUCAGCAGACUUCAGGUGCUGGCAGCACUGUUGACUACCGAGCUGCUUUGGAAGACAGGCUGACUAUUGUGCAACAAUUAGCAAGAAGUGCUAACAGUGAAACUGCUGGCUCUCUCCUUGUGUCAUUUGAUAAAUUAAUUAAAGAAAUGAGGGCAGGCAUUGCAUCGCAAAAAGAACUCGUUGGUCCACAUUUUCCAGUAACUUCAGCUCCACCAAAUGAGACAUGCAGGAUUCAGAGAGAGUUCCAAUCAGUAAGGAAGACAUGUGAAAAGAAGGAACAUUCAUUUGCAACACCAUCCUGUGCAGAAAUUGAGACCAUUAUACAAGACCUCUUGGGAAGUGGAAACAGUAGCUGAGACCAUGUAUAUGCAAAAGACAAGUAAGGAAACCAUCCAGUAGCUCUGAGAUAUUUUUUUUUCUUUUUUUUUUUUGUGCGCUUGGAAGUGCAGGUUUUUCAGCACAGUGUACACAGUAUUCUUCAACAUUGAAUUGCCAUUUAUGUUUUGCGCAUGUCCUCUGACUCCACUUCUGGCCAGCAUGCAAGGCACACAACCUGUGGUCAGUAUAACCCACAACUACACUCUCCUGGCAUUGUAGUAGCUGUCACAAUCACCAAACUUUAUUGAUAAAAGCUUUGUUGAUGAGACUAACUGUCGUCUUGUGUUUGGUGUUUCUAGUAAACUUUUGUAUCUGAUCUAAGAAAAACUUGCAUAGACCACGCUUAGUGUGUGUAGUGAGGCAGUAAAUAACGGGAUCUUGCACCAGAUUCAUCCACAGUCAACACUGGUGUUACACAGCACAUUUGCACUAAUAGGUAUAAUCUCUUCUCAAGAUUGUAGCAUUAGAACACCAUAUGCAAUUAACUCGGGAACAUUUGCUCUUUCAGCUGUAGGCUACCAACAGAGAGAUUGUGCUUUGUGCAUGCUAUAUAGAACUUUACACUCCAUAGUUCAUGAAUACUACAUUUAAUAGUGGAAUG